AUGAGAUAUGCGUAUGGUGUGCAGCAGAGGAAACUGCUAUAUGCUUAUGAAGGAGAGGAAGAGAGGCUGCUGUUAUGGCUGAACGGAAUGGAAUGUGUGUACACUGUACAACGUGUCGUGCUACAGAUCCGUGUACGCCGGGACCCUGAGACACUCGAGACCCCUGGCACCCGUCUCUGCACCCGUCCCACCGGCAACCCCCGGUGCAACUCACCUGCUACACGAGAGCUUGCAGGAGGAGAGGUGAUCUCGGAGUGGGGAAAUAUCUGCAUCCUCACAAAUAAUGGGCAGCUGACUCGCCUUGCCGAGAAAUCCACCUCUGCAAAACUCUCCAUGCUGUACGCAAAGACACAACACCUCGAUGACAGCUACGUGGCUGAUAUUCACCGUCAGCACGGUGACCGCCUCUACACGAAAGGAGAUUGGCAUGGCGCGAUGACGUGCUAUAUGAAGAUGAUAGGUUGGGUGAAACCGAGCUACGUCGUUAGAAAACGCAUACACAACCUCGUUACCUAUCUGCAAGAGCUAGAUGCCCUUGGCCUCGCAAACGCUGAUCAUACCACUCUUCUGCUUAAUACCUACACUAAACUCAAAGACGUUGCACGCUUACACAGCUUCAUUAAAACAGAGUCUCGUCACUCUGGUGCGGCAGAGUCGAAUAGCGACCUUCCAUUUGACCUGGACACUGCUAUCCGGCGCCAUAAGCGACACGAAGAGUACUUGAGGGUUAUAAUUGAGGACGCCGGGAAGUAUGGGGAAGCACUGGUAUAUUUGAGACACUUGGGAGCAGCCGCGGCGGAAAGCAACCUCGCUAGGUACGGAGGUGCUAUGCUAGAUAAUCUUCCGGAGGAGACGACACGGCUUCUUAUUGACCUUUGCACCAUCUCUGGGCCCCUCAUCAUCCCCGAAGCAGAGGACACCACUCCACAACAGUCGAGCGCACCAGCAAACGCCCCAUCAUACCUCUCGUACCUUACCCUCUCCCAUGCACCUGCGCCUGAAGACAAAGAGGAGGACCUUACGGAACCUCAAACAACGCAGCCAAGCGCAUCAACACCAUCCAAAAAGAAACGACCUUCGCCUACACUCUAUUUCGCGCAUUUUGUUGAUCACCCGUCAUAUUUUGUCCGUUUCCUAGAAAGCGUAGCCGCACGUCGCUGGGGACAGUCACUCUCCUCUCUCCCAUCUUCUCUUCUAGAUACCAGUCCGGACAAAGACGAGGACCUAGAGAAGCACAAUCAGGCAGCAGUUUGA